CAGUAGAGUACACUACAAUGAUUGUUUUUACUUGCUUCGGUUUGGAGUUACAAUGACCUAUGGGGUCUUCUGGAAAGUUCAUGGAAUGGAUGUGUGGUGUCAGUACUGCCCACUUCGAAGAAACCUCUAGAAACAUCUGAAUGCAAAGUGCCAGGCAGUCGGUCGGUCAGCUGGUCUUCCCACACAAGUGAUGGAUUCGAAGCCGCGUAGGCUGCUACCGUUUGGGGGAUCGGGAUCCUCGUCCCUCUCCUCCACCUCCUCCUCCUCCGCGCUGGGCGCCGGCUCUCUCUACGGCCGCAGCAGCGUACUGUCCAGCGACCGCUUUGGACGCAGCUCCUCCAGCAAACUGGACUCAGACUAUCAGAGUAACUUUGGCCGCAGCUCCUCCUCCAGGCUGGACUCCUCCUACCAGAGUAACUUUGGCCGCAGCUCCUCCUCCAGGCUGGACUCCUCCUACCAGAGUCCUCGUUUCCUGAGCAGCUCUCGCGACUACAGCGUCCCGGAGAGUCGCCACUCCAGCUGGAAGCUCUCCGCCCCGCUCACUUCCUCCUCCUCCGUGACAUGUGACCGCCCGUGGGCGGAGUCCUCCACUUCAGGAAGCAGCAGAAGCAAGCUGACUGAUUCAGAGAGGAGGCUGGGAUCCUAUACGGGCCUGCUGAGCUCGACCCAGGACAGUGAGUCCAAACGGGCUAAGCUGUCCUACACCAACCGGGCCUCCUACGGCCGGAUCCCCUCCACCUCCACCAGCAGCACCGUAGACUCUCUUCACAGCUCCACAGAUUUGCCAUGGAAGAGCCUAAGCCCCCUGUCCCGUUCCUCCUCCUCCUCUUCCACCUCCUCCACCUCCUCCUCCUCCACGGAGGGGCUGUGGGCGCGCCGGGAGCUGGACAAGAGAGGAGACUCCGGCAUCGGGGAGAGGAGCACAUCUUUCACCUCCUCACUCUACCGACCGGAGCGAGUGACGUCCACCUAUGCCCAGGGAGCGCGCCCCAAGGAGAGCUCCUUCCUCUCCUCCCGUCGGGAGUCCAGCCGCCACCUCUCCUCUCCCACCUCCAGCACCUCCUCCUCCUCCUCAUCCGACUACCUCUCCCCCCUGCCCACGCGUGCCUCCCUCUCCUCCGACCACCUGUCCUCCUCCACCUCCUCCUCUUCUAGAGCACGAUCUCUCCUCUCAGACCCCACACGCCUCUCCUCCUGGAGUUCAACCCCCUACACCCCCCUCUCCUCCUCCUCCUCCUCCACCUCCUCCUCCGCAUCCUCUCAUCGGCGCCGCUCUAGCCCUCCACCUCCAUCCACCUCCUCCACUGCUCCUACCACCGCUCCUGCCACCUCCUCUUCCUCCUCAUCUUCAGCCCCCAGCACCAGCCAACCAGACGGCCGCCACUCCACCCGUCACCUCCUCUCCCGCCUCUUCUCCCGACGCUCAAGCCAGGACACCUCCUCCAACAACACCUCCUCCUCCACCACCAGCUCAGCCCCCAACCCAGCACCAGUCCCCGCAGCACCCAGCCAUCCACCCCCAACGCAGCCGCCCAGGCUCCCCAUCCCCACGCCCAGCCCGGAGGCCCCCUUCCCUGGCCGCGAGUCCCAACUCCAGCCCCAGGCUCAGGACGAGGCCCAGCGCUCCCAGUCCCAGUCCCAGCAGCAGCAGGCCCAGCAGGCAGCGCAGGUGGCCGACUCUGUGCAGUCGGCGUUCGCCAUGCUGCGCAGACGCAGGCAGGAGCUGCAGGUGCCCGAGCCGCCGCCCGUGCCCGCCGAGUACUGGAGGAGGCGCGCGGCCCUGGCAGCGGCCAUGGCGGCCAACAGCGGACCCCGCGCUGGGGGAGGAGGUGCCACGGCAUCAUCAUCAUCAUCUGCAGCAGAAGGAGCAGCAGCAACAUCAUCAUCCUCAGGAGUUGGCAGUGGGAGUAGCAGCAGUAGCAGCAGCAGUAGUAGCAGCAGUGGGAGUUCCUGGCUCUCCUCCUCCCUGCGUAACCGCUGCACUCCGCUCUUCUCCCGCCGACGUCGCGAGGGCCGAGACGAGACCGCGGCACGCACGCAGCCCCUCCAUCCGGGCCAGGGGACCCCGCGCUUCCAGCUGGACGAGGAAGAAGAGGACGAUGACGACGACGAUGAUGAGGAUGAGGAAGAGGCAGAGGGAGCAGCGGCGGCGGCAGCAGCAGCAGCAGCCGCGGCGGCAGCUCCGAUGAUUGGCUCGCUGGGUCUGUCGGCCGCGCAGCUCCAGGAUGCCGCACGAUUGGCCAGCCUAGGCCACCACGGCCACUUCCCACGGGUGGUGGCGUCCAAUCCGCUGCUGCGCAUGCCGGACCCCAUGCUGUCGGGGGCCAGCGGGCGGAGCCAGCCCGACGGACAAGAGAGGGAGAAGGAGAAGGAGAAGAUCCCCUCGUCUAGAGACCCGGAGAGACUCCGCAAACUCAAGGAGAGCCUGCUAUUGGAGGACUCUGACGAGGAGGAGGGUGACCUGUGUCGUAUCUGCCAGAUGGGGGAGGAGUCGGGUUCGAACCCCCUCAUCGAGCCCUGCAGAUGCACCGGCAGCCUGCAGUAUGUUCACCAAGACUGCAUUAAGAAGUGGCUACUCUCAAAGAUCAGCUCUGGGUCCAAUCUGGAGGCCAUUACCACAUGUGAGCUGUGCAAAGAGAAGCUGCACCUCAACAUCGACAACUUUGAUAUCAACGAGCUCUACAGAUCUCAUGAACGGUCUGAGUAUGAGUUCAUCAGCUGUGGGCUGUACCUGGUGGUGCUGCUUCACCUGUGUGAGCAGAGGUUCUCUGAUGUCCUUGGAGCCGCCAACGAGGCAGGGUUUUUCAACUUGGCGAGAACUCUUCACGAGCACAUGGACAAUCUUGAAAGUUCCUACGCGGAGUCGGAUGAGGAGGAUCACCGGCCGUCCAUCGACUUCUGUGACCUGGAGGAUGACGACGAGGAAGAGGAGGAGUAUUGAGGAAGAGUACCAAGAAAGAUGACGACUAUUGAGGAAGAGGAAGAGAACUGAAUACUGUUCAAAGGGAUGAAGAUGAGGAAGGGUUGGAGUACUGAAUCAAAGGGACAAUAAUAAACGACUAAAUAAAAAGCCAGGAAGCCACCUGGUCUGUGAAAAUGGAAGCCGGAAGAGAAGGAGGAGGGAAGGGGGAUGGGGGUGGGAAUCAUUGUCAAGAUUGCCCCCUCUGACUCUCCUCUGUCCUGGGGUGCAUUCCAAUAUGCACACUCCCGUCCUCCACUUGUGCUUGUGGCCUUGCCCCCGCCUCCUGGCCCCUCCUCCGUGGAGAAAACGAUUAAGUUCCCCAGUUGUCAGCCUAAGCCACAACAACUUUUGGGGGACUGUUUCAUUCAACAUCCCAAUUGCAAAUGAGAAAAUUAUGUUUAAGUUGUGAGGUCACAAGCAGGCAAGUGAGCAAGGGAGGAUGGGAGUGUGCUUAUUGGAAUGCACCCUCGGGUGGGUUCAUCCAACCUCCCCUCCUCUAUCCUUUGUUCUCUGCAAAAAAGAGAAGAGUGAGCCACCACCAUGCAAAGAUCAGGGGACUAGAAGAAUAAAAAGAAUUAGCUUUGUUUCUGCCUUAAACACCACAUUAUGAGAAUGAAAAGUAACAAAAUAAGAGCAAGUUUCUGUGUGUGUGUGUGUGUGUGGCUGGAUAUGUUCUGUCCUCUGUUCUGGUUUAGUUUCUUAAAUCACUGUUUCCUAUUGUUCCUCUGGAGAAAACACUCUGCCUUGCUUUCUGUCUGUCUGUCUUUCUUAUUUUUCAUUUUCCUGUGUCUCUCCAUGAUGAUGUUUCCACAGCCAUUUUUAGUUUUGCUUAUUCACUCACUUAUUUUCUCUCUUACUCACGCAUAUCCACUAGUGUUUCUCUCUCAUGGGGUAAGACGGGCACAAGCUUACCUUGCAAAAGGCUGGCUUGUAUCUUUUCCCCAUGUUAGUUUGUGUGUGAGCUGGUCUGUUCACAAAUGCCUUUGGGUGUCUGUGCGCGUGCAACGCGCAUAUUUUGAGUGUGCGUGCAUGUGUGUAAAGGCAUUGUGAUGUGCUCGCUAAACUCCCCCUCCGUUGAGGGAAGCCAUCUUUUUUUGAUAUCUACUGGAGCAGUGGGUCUGCCUCUGGUGUUGUCUCUGUGUUGUCAUUUUCACGUACGACUGGCAUGGCCGGGCGUGUGUGUAUUAGUGUGUGUCUGUGUGUGCGCACAGGGUGGCUCUGAGAAGAAACUGCGUUUUGCACCCCCUUUCAAACUAUUGUCACUCACUCUCCCAUUCUCUGUAUGUGAGGGAAAAAAAACGAGUUGUUAUUGAGGAUGGAACUUCUUCAGUUGAUGUGAACCUGAGCACUCUGGUGGCUUCAGAUCUUAGUUGUUUUGUUGUCUUUUUUUUCUUGAUGUCUUGUUCCAUUUCUCUGUUUGUUUUUUUGUGUUAAGAACAAAAGCAAAAAGAUUAUGUAUGUUUUUUGGUCUGCUUGACUGUAGUUUUCCUGAUUUAAUUCCUACAAAUAAAGCUUUGAGGUGGGGGA